AAAUUUGUAGGAUGACUUUGCAAAAACCCAAUCGGUGUUAAAACUUAGAAGUUAGCCCCCGCGGUCCUCCCGAUUCUCUUAUUACUUCCAUGUCGGAAUAGGAUUUAACAUUGUUGCUCGGCGUCUUCAACCGUGAAAACAUCAAGAAAAUUACACUAUGGAGGCAGCCACUUCCUUCGUGUGUUCAAAGGUGACCCCUUUUACCUGUAAUCUCUCCCCGAGUAGCUAUUUUGUCUCAGUGCGACCUUUUGACAAACGGGCUCAAUGCAAAAAAUUAUCUGCGAGAAACUCGCUGUUCCAGAACAGUUUAUGGGAUACCAGAAGCUAUUGGAACUUGUCUUUGUCAGUUGUCGCCAAUAGAGAUAAUUCAUUUGUCUCCGGCUCUGUUUUUCCAUCAUUAUCAACUCCCUACUCUAGAAUUAUUCGCCCUCUUCGCUCGCUGCAAUGCUCGAGUUCAAGUUCUACGUCCCUAGCAGACUCAGAUGAAACGAACCCCUUGUUGAAAAGUAUCAAAAGUUUCUCAUUUGAGUCCUUGAAAUCAACCCUUUUGCAGUUUACCCCCGUUGACAUUUGCAAGUGGUGUUUGGCAUUCUCUGUUGCAAUUGCCGCAUCAAAAUGGACUGUGAAUCUGCUGUUUAACCCAUUUUUCUGGAUGUAUUUUAGCUGGACGUGGUUAUUCUGGCCAUGGAUGGCGGUCAUUGCCCUUGCAAUUUAUGGUGUUUAUUGCCUAAAUAAAUACCUAAAGGGAGAAGCCAGCUUAUUUGAACAACUUGCCAUCGUUACAUCAGCCUUCACUUGGUUAACACUAGUUCCACCUGCUCAUUUUAAUGGCUUUCUUGAAGGAUGGCCCUUUGUAUUCUUUUUCGUGUACCAUUAUUUCUUUUUUCUAAAUGUUAGUGUCCGGAAGCGCUUGUAUGGUGAUUAUUUCCCAAGGGAGCAUGACAGUAAGUGGGAUAUUAGCUUGCCUAAUUGGCACAAGGUUUUGUUUUCUGUUGGAGUGAUGGUUGGGCAUUGGUUGGCUGCACUUGAAGGGACGGAACUGCACCUCAUACCUGGUGGGUGGAACAAUGUGGGUAUUUGGAUUAUGAUUAUGUUGGCAGUGUUUAUGCAGUAUCACUCCACAUUGUACUUGGCCAAGUAUUCGGAGAAGGUUGUUGUGCCUACCGCUGUUGUUCAGUUUGGACCUUACAGGUUCGUCCGUCACCCGAUUUAUGCAUCUACAAUGCUCCUGUUUGUCACUUACUUUACUGCACUCAGAGCACCCAUGAGCUCGCUGUUUAUUAUUUUGGUCUGCUUGGUCUAUUAUGCGCAAAAGGCAAAGUUGGAGGAGGCCUUGAUGCUAGAGACCUUUGGGGAGAGAUAUAGUGAAUAUAUGAAUAAGGUUCAUUACAAGUUAAUUCCUUUUGUUUAUUAGUCAAAAAUGUGGUCAGAUGUGCAGUUGGUGAAUCUGCGGGAAGGAAACAAGAGAUUAAGGUGCAAACCGUUUUUGAUUACUGGUUAAAUUGGAAUUCCAUGUAUUAUAUCAAUGGAAAUGGAUAUUCAUCUGCAACUCCAUAUAGUUUUAGGCAUCUUAAAGCACUUGAGCUUAGUUUUAUGAAUUUAGUAUGAUCCACAAUGGUUUAGUUCAAGUAA